CUAGAAUGACACGUUAUCAUUGUAUUUAAACAGGAAUCAGGACGUAAACUGUGUAGUUGAUUUCAGAAAACUUGAUGAAUUACAGAGAGCAAAUAUGUUUAGAUCACAAGUAGCAGUUGUUUGGUUUCUCUUCUUUUUCCUGAUCUGCAAUGCGGGAGAUCAAGAAGUGGCAGCUGAGACUCUUGAGUUUUCAAGUAAAGAUAUCUUUGUACAGAUACUCUCUGUCCGUGUUAAGGAGUGGGAUGAAAGAAUUGAAAAGGGUUCAGUAGGAGUAUCUCUAAAGUUUUUGGAUACAUAUUGUGCAAAUGUUAUGGAUGUGGUGAAGGAAUUGGAACCAAAAUUGAGUUCUGCUACUCUGUCAUGUGAUAUCGAUCACUCACAAAGGCCAAAUGAUACUCGUGUCGAUACUGUUAACGUUGAACUGGCAGUGUUAUCGAGUGAAAUGGAAAAAGUAUUUUCAUCGAAAACCUGGUUCCCAUCGUUGAAGAAUACACUUGAAUCGGGUAAUGUGAAUGUGAAUAGCGCGUGGAUAAUUGAUUCCUAUCUGUUCCAAAAAACCUAUCCUACGAGAUCAGUAACUACUGAUAAGUGCCCUGAGCUGAAGAUCAUUAUGUCGAAUAUAUAUACUGGAUUCGGUGAAACAAUGACGAACUGCUCCUUCGAUGUGCUGACAGGAGAUAUAAGCACGAGAAUGGACUACCGAGAACUUAUGAAGAAAGGGUAUUGCUGUUCAGAGUAUAAUAUAUAUAGAAGAAUUUACUGGUCUAUUUACGAAUUACUAUAUAAGGGUGAAAGCGGUGAGUGAUUCUGCAAAACAGGUAAAGAAUACAAAGUUAUUAUCGAAAAAUGUUUAGGGCAAGUGUACGCAAGUGUCGCUGAAAAAUGUCGCGACAGAUGGAAAUAAUGCAGACGAGAGCAAACACACAAGCACACACGCACACAAAUGCACUCAGGCACUAGUACACAAGAACAUAAGGCGAUCAGUGAAUGAAAUUUCAGACAUCAGUUCUAGACUAUUUCAUUAUCCUAUUGAACUUACUCUGCCGGUUUGUUUCUUGAUGCCUUCCUGUUAUUUAGGUGAGAAUACGAUCGAUCCGCGCAAAAUAACUCAACCCGAAAUAACGAUUGACAAGAAAAAUACUACUCUCGGUCACUGUAUCUAUGCUUCGUUUCCAUCUGAUGACCCAAUCAAAUCAAAUUAAAUAAACACUGUUUUAGUCUGUAGUAAACUUAACAAUAUUCUUGAAUCACAUUCUGUAAUUUUAACACACAAUACAUGGAAUAUGGUAAUUAA